AUGAAGAUGGCCUUUGGAAUGCUAGUCCCCAGCUCCUUCGCGUACACUGCCAUCAAGAACCGAGCUGAGGGCACUCUCCCUAAUUCAUUGUUCAAUGUGAUAAAACUCACGGUAGCCAAGGAAAGCACUUCCUUCCAAGCCAAACAUCUUCCCGCUGUGCAUCAGGGAGUAGAGGAGGCUUCUCAAACCAGAAGGUACUACAGUGCGAUCAAAGAGUGCGCUAAGCAUGCUAGGGAAAAGGUUCACAUCAAGCAGCUCUUGGAAGGCAUCCAUGAUCAGAAGACUGGCGAGGAGGUCGCGGAAGCCGUACCAACCAUCAGGUCCAUGGUCCAAAGAAUAGCUGUUCGAUGUGGCACUGUGGGUUUGAACUUACACAUUGACGCAGUGUAUGCAGCCACUGACUCACUCACGCGAGCGCGUAUUGCGUACCUUCGUUGUGAAGCCGCGAGGAUCGUGAUAACAGGCGGAAAAGGGAGCCAGUCUAUAUGGGCCUGUGUCGACAAGCAACUAUCCUUUAUGCGUUUGAGGAAAGAUGAUGAUGCCUACGCGAUUGCUUUCUAUCAAAUCAUAUUUGACGAAGAUUGCAAGUACUUCGAUGGCGAUACUUACUUUCAAGACCUCAAACAAAGAAAGAUCAAUUUGGAUUUACCAACGGUGGAGGCCGUCAUGGCACGCGUGGCACACAACGCCGCUAACCCUCAAGGUGCACCUAACCCGAACCCUACCGCAUUAUGA